UAUUGACAUCCAUGAUCUCCGAUCUUCUAUCUCGUCUUAUCUUUUUUGAUCAACAAACCUAAAAUUGCGCACAGUAUAAAUAGUCACCAAGUUUUAGCUUUUUCUAUUUAAUUUUUUUUUUACAAUGUCAUUGACUCAAAAACCGGAAACUCUAAAACAGUCAAAUUUAUCUGACCUGUCAAUCCCCUUUUCUGUUUUACCUAGUCCUUUCCAGACAGUUUUAGUGAUUAAUGCCACACAACACCAACAUGCUAUUCAAAAGGUCGCUGAAAUUGAUCAAGAAGUAAGAAAUGCUGGUGUUAAUCUAACAUUGAUUGCAGAGGUGACAAAAGAAGAAAAAAUUGAAUAUUCAAACCUUAUGGCAGAUUUGAUUCCAUUGUACGCCAAAAUCAAUAGAUUGAUCCCACUACAUUAUAUUAUUUCCAAGAAUAGUGAUGCAGCAACACGGAAUCUUAUAGCUAUGGUAAUCAAUAGUUUUUUAUUUAUAACCUCCUAAUCGUAAGAUUACAUCACUAUUUGAUUACACGUCUAUCUUAUUU